UGACAGUGGUCAUGUGAGCUGUAGGCCUACCCUUCGCCUUCUCUGCCGCUUCCUCAAAUUUAUUUGGUUGCUAAUCUACAUUCUAAACGUUAAUGCAUUUUUUCUACAAAUAACUAACCAUGCGGAGACGGCCAGUGUCGACCGUUCUGAAAUCUGCUACAGAAAAUAGGUCUGGUUGGGAAAGGAAAGAAUCAGACAUGGUAAAACCACAGUUCCACUGUGAUCUGUGGAUAUAUUUUACCAUUCAAAACUGGAUACUUGACUUUGGCAGACCCAUUGUAAUGAUUAUUCUUCCUCUGGAAUGGUUCCCUCUAAACAAACCCAGUGCUGGGGACUACUUUCAUAUGGCUUACAACAUCAUAACACCAUUUCUUCUUCUGAAGCUGAUUGAGCGUAGUCCUACUGCUUUACCUCGCUCGGCGGUAUACAUCAGCAUCAUCACCUUCGUCAUGGGCGCCAGCAUCCAUCUGGUAGGGGACUCUAUCAACCAUCGCCUCAUCCUGAGUGGCUACCAGCUACACUUAUCAGUCAGAGAAAACCCCAUCAUCAAAGACCUCAAGCCUGCAUCACUGAUUGACUCAUUUGAACUACUUUACUAUUAUGAUGAACACCUGGGGCAUUUAAUGUGGUAUAUUCCAUUCUUUAUCAUUCUUUUUCUUUAUUUCACUGGCUGUUUCACACAUGUGAAAGGGCAGCAAAAUAUGCCUUUAGCUGGAUGGAUUCUCUUGGGUCCUAGUGCCCUGUACUACUGGUAUCUUGUGACCGAGGGCCAGAUUUUUAUCUUGUACGUCUUCACUUUUUUCGCCAUGGCAGCUACAGUCAUUCAGCAGAGGCAGAAAGGAUUUGUCCUGGACAGCAAUGGCCUGUUCCUUUUCUACAACUUCAUUUUAACAUUGGGCCUGGUGGUGGUGUGGGUUGCAUAUCUCUGGAGUGAUGAGGUUCUGCGGAAGAAGUAUCCUGGUGUCAUAUAUGUUCCUGAGCCCUGGUCAUUUUAUACAUUAUACAUAAAAGACAGCCAUUAGGCUGUACUCUCCCAUUUUGCCAGGCAAAAUGCUAUGGAAACUUUCACACAAGUGGAACAGCAAGAUCUGAAUCUAUUCCUCUGACUUCCAAAGCUGUUACCUUGAUUGCUUUACCCUGUACUGAUGGAGGUUGUGUUACAGCUGAGCUAAGGUUGAACGUACACAACACAGAGAUUCAACCUUUGCCUGGUGUGUCCUUUCUUAUAAUGAAAUCAUUUGUUAUUACUGAAGGCCAAAUUUACAUGUGAUAUAAACGGUUAAUGCAUUCAACCUGAGGUACAAAUGUCUACUUUGCUGUAACUUUUUUAAGACCGAUUAAAUAUUUUUGUUUCA